CACGAGCGUUGGCCGUUGGGCUCUUCGCAUAUCCACCACCCACCCAUAAGGCAUCAGCGCCGCUGCCGACUUCAUCUUUUGCGUUCCCCGUGGCGGGUUGGCAGGCCACUUCAUCCGCCUCGUCGGCUUCAUUCAUCACCAGGAAUUUCCAUCGCCGCGCCCGGCGUCUCCUCCACUCGCCUCCCCUACUCUAUAGCAUUCCAUUUCUGAGCUCGCUAACUGCGUUUCUUCGGCUCGCCGGUGAGCCACGGAUUGGGUUCGGCGGGAGGCCGGGAAACGGGAAUUUAUUUCACCAGUAUGCAACAGAUGGCCAUGCCAUCGUUCGCCGUAACCUCACCUCCGUCGCAUGGCACUACCUUAUGGGCGCCUCAUGCUCGUCGUCCUCAAAGACUGCACAAGAGACACGUGCGCAGCCAAGUCCGGGCAGUGGCACAAGCACAGCUGCAGUACCAGAAGCUGGGGGACUCAGACCUCCUCAUCAGUGAGGUCACUCUUGGAACGAUGACUUUUGGCGAGCAAAACACGGAGAAGGAAGCACAUGACAUUAUCGCUUAUUCUUUCGAUCAAGGUGUCAAUAUCCUAGACACAGCGGAAAUUUACCCAGUUCCAAUGAACAAGGAAACUCAAGGGAGAACUGAUCUUUAUAUUGGCAGGUGGAUGCAAUCAAAACCACGAGACAAGAUAAUUUUGGCCACCAAAGUUGCCGGUUAUUCAGAGCGGUCUACAUUUCUUCGAGACAAUGCAAAAGUGGUUCGUGUUGAUGCUGCCAAUAUCAAAGAAAGUAUUGAAAAGAGUCUUAAACGCUUGUCUACAGAUUACAUUGAUUUGCUUCAGAUACACUGGCCAGAUAGGUAUGUGGCACUAUUUGGUGAGUUUAGUUAUAAUCCGACCAAAUGGAGGCCAAGCAUCCCUUUUGAAGAACAAUUGAAGGCUUUACAGGAGUUAGUUGACGAAGGAAAGGUUCGCUAUAUCGGUGUUUCAAACGAGACCUCAUACGGAGUAAUGGAGUUUGUACAUGCUGCAAAGGCUCAAGGCCUUCCAAAGAUCGUGAGCAUCCAGAACAGUUACAGUCUACUUGUGAGAUGCCGCUUUGAAGUUGAUCUUGUUGAAGUUUGCCACCCGAAUAACUGCAACGUUGGACUGCUUGCAUACUCCCCGUUGGCUGGUGGGGUUCUCACUGGGAAGUAUCUUGACGCUAACGCUGACAUCUCAAAGAGCAGGCUAAAUCUCUUCCCUGGAUACAUGGCACGCUACAAUGACUCUUUGGCUAAAGAAGCGACAUUAGAGUACGUUAAGCUUGCCAAGAAGCACGGGCUAACUCCAGUCCAGCUUGCCCUUGGCUUCGUGCGUGAUCGUCCAUUCACCGCUAGCUCCAUCAUUGGAGCGACCACCAUGGAGCAGGUGAAGGAGAACAUCGACGCGUUUACCAGCACUCCACGGCCUCUACCACAGGAAGUUCUUGACGGCAUUGAGGAUCUUUUCAAGAGAUACAAAGAUCCAGCAAUCCUCUAGUUUUUCAUUCACCUUUUUUGGCGAAAAGUAGCAAUCCUCGGACAAUACAAAGCCCAGAAAACAUAUUACAACCUAUGAUCGUAUGGUCAUACCAUUUUGUUCAUGCUGAUACAAUUAUUGCUUUGUUCUUGUAUUGGCUCUACAGGCAAUACCAGCAGAGCAGAAUUAUGUUUUCUUUCCUUCACUGUGUAAGUAGAAUGCAGGUUUUCACUGU